GAUGGCAUGAUCGGACAAUUCAGUCAAUGGAUACCAGUUUCAGCCCCAAACGUCCAUCGGACGCCAUCUCCGCCGCUCGCUCCGUCCGCCCAAGACACCUAGCUCCGCCGCCGCCGCCGCUAUCCACCACUGCUCCACCGACAUUGACCCUAAACUCUACCUUCAGAGAUUCUCCUGUUCUUAAACCCUCAUCUCCCUCCGACACCGUCUUUCGCCUCCUUUGCCCGGCCUCCAUCGUUCGCCAUCUCUGCGAUACUCCCGGCGCCAGGAUCACCGUCGAUGAACCUCUUCCUGGAUGCGACGAGUGCAUCGUUGUCGUCCUUCCCGGCUCCCCAUCCAAACCCACGCUCAUUAAUCCUGGAAAUGAUACAGAACUCCGUGAUCACGAUGCUAGUCACAUCAUCUCUAAUGAUGCGGUUGCUGGAGAUUCGGACGAGGGGUCGCAGGCGCAGCAGGCGCUGCUUCGAAUAUUUGAGACUAUGGUUACGAUGAACGAGUACAGAGGAGAAGACCAAGAGAAUGGAAAGAAAUAUGCAAAUUCUGCUUCAAACGAUCGGAUUAGCAUUAGCAGUGGAGAAAUUGACGGGUUGGUGGUCUGCAGGCUGCUGGCGCCCAGUAAUCAGGUAGGGCGUGUGCUUGGUAGAGUAGGAAAAGUUGUGGAGAAGAUCAGGCAAGAGAGUAUGGCUCAUGUAAAGUUUUUGCCCAAGGAUCAAAUUCCCGCCUGCGCGUCGCCAGGGGAUGAGCUAAUUCAAAUAACAGGAAGCUUUCCGGCGGUGAAGAAGGCCCUUUUUUCUGUUUCAGGCUGUCUUCAGGAUAGCCCAAGGGUGGACUCGAUCAACUCUUGCGCUACAAGACCAUUGGGACCACCCGUGUCCCACGCCAAUUGUAUGCCGGUACAAGAUGAAGAGCCUUCUCCUAAAAGGAGAUAUACUGGCCAUCAUAAUGCAGACUAUCGCUCAAGGGGUUAUUCUUCCCUACCAGGACAUGAAAAUGUUGGAGCUGGUCAUAGAGCGGUUAUGGAAGAGGAUGUGGUGUUUAGAUUGUUGUGUCAACCCGAUAAAGUUGGAAGUCUAAUAGGGAAAGGUGGCACCAUAGUACGAGCUUUGCAAAAUGAAACAGGUGCAUCUAUAAAGAUCGUCGACACACCUGACUUGGAUGAACGCGUUGUUAUGAUAUCUGCACGAGAGAGUUUGGAGCAAACAUAUUCUCCUGCACAAGAAGCUGUUAUACGUGUACAUUGUCGAAUUGCAGAGAUUGGAUAUGAACCAGGUGCUGCAGUUGUUGCUAGACUUCUUGUACAUGCACAGCAAAUAGGUUAUUUGGUGGGCAGAGGAGGUCAUAUUAUUAGUGAAAUGAGAAGAGGAACUGGUACUAGCAUACACAUUUUUCCUCGGGAGCAAAUUCAAAACAGUGGGCCUGUGAACGACGAAGUAGUUCAGGUCAUUGGAAGUUUGCAGUCUGUACAGGAUGCUUUGUUUCAUAUAACAAAUCGGCUUAGAGAUACUAUGUUCGUAAUGAGGCCACACGUGCCAAACUUCAAUGCUCCAUCUUACCUGUCUCCUCUCCCAGAAACUCCUCCCCCCUUAUUUAGGCCUGGACAUAACGCACAUUCCCCUGGAUGCUAUCCUUCUCAAGCUGGAGGUCAUCGUGGACCUUUUCAUCCCCACUCACUCGACCAUCAGCCUCCAUAUUCUCAUAGUUCAAGUUUCAGUGGUAAUAACAUGGAUGGAGUUCCAUAUCCCCAUGGUAUUGAGAGACCAGGGCCAGGUCCUUUUGAUGGACCAUCUCCCAGAUCGUGGACUCCUCAGGUUGUUAGUAGUGAAGUACACAAGGCACCAACUGAUGUUGGUUUUGGCAUGGUUUCAAGGAAUGAGAACUACAGCAGUGGGGGUCCAGCUCAUUUUCUGGCAGGCACAUCAUCUGUGGAGAUAGUGAUUCCACAAACUUUAAUCUGCCACAUCUAUGGAGAGAGCAACUCUAACAUUGCUCACGUACAGCAGAUAUCAGGGGCGAUGGUGGUGGUUCAUGAUGCUAAAUCUGGGAUGUUUGAUGGUAAAGUGAUCGUGUCUGGCUCACCAGAUCAGAUUCGGGCUGCCCAGAGACUUGUCCACGCUUUCAUCUUGUGUGGGAAGAAGACACAAUCCUGAUGCUACAUUGAAUUGCAUUCAGCACUAAAAUUGAAUUUUGGCAAAGCUUUAUUUUUAUGGGAGUACCCAAGUGUGAUAGCAUCCAUUUUAUCACGUUACAAACAUGUUUUCCACCAGUUGAGAGAGGCGCACAAUGUAGAAAAUCAAACAAAUCAAAUAAAUCAGAGACGGAUUUACGAACAUAUAUUAGGCGUCUUGUUUCGUAGUGCAGAACUUACAGUCUUGUAUAUUAGACUUGAUGAGGACUGGGGUGAUUUGCAGUCAAAAGUAUAUACCAAAUUUCACGUUCAGAUUUGGCCC